CACACACACACACAAAACACACACACUCCUUGAUGAGCGCGCCUCACGCCUCCAUCCUCGCGCGCAGCAUCACCCGUCUCCGUCACCGAGUCCGAGUCCGUCUCUCCGCGCGCGGCUCCGCUUCUCCGCAUUAGAGCUCCUCCGCAGUCACGUGGCACGGCGGAGAGAGAGAGAGAGAGAGAGAGAGAGAGAGAGAGAGAGAGAGAGAGAGAGAGCAGCCCUCCUCCUCCUCCUCCUCCUCCUUCUCCGUUUGCAGCUCGUUCAUGCCUCUCAGAUUCGGCGCGAGACCUGCGGUGAACGGGAGCCCGGAUCGCGCGCACUACAGUUUUUUUUUUUUUAUUUUUUAAAUUUUUCUUUAUAUUUGCAUUUGCAAUCCCUGGACAUUCCGAAUUACAGGAUUUAAAAAAAAAAUAUAUAUAAAUUAAUAAAUACAUACAUUAGAUAUACACCGAGGGUGCGAACCGGAGCAGCGAGCGCGCGAGGGAGGAGAAAACGCAAGAAACGCGUGGAUGCGCGGCGCGCGAGCGGAGCGGAGCGGAAAUGGAACUGCUGCUGGUGAUCUGCGUCGCGUUCGGUAUGCUGCGGUGCGACGGCGCGCGAGCGGACUCCAUCAUUCACAUCGGUGCCAUCUUCGAGGAGAAUGCGGCGAGGGAUGACGAGGUCUUCCAGCUGGCCAUCUCAGACCUCAGCCUCAACGAUGACAUUUUGCAGAGCGAGAAAAUCACACACUCCAUAAAAUUUAUUGAGCCUAACAACCCCUUCCAGGCGGUUCAAGAAGCGUGUGAGCUGAUGACACAGGGUAUCCUGGCACUGGUGACCUCAACCGGAUGCGCCUCAGCGAGCGCCCUGCAGUCCCUCACCGACGCCAUGCACAUCCCGCACCUGUACAUACAGCGAAGCGACGACGGCUCACCUCGCACCGCCUGCCCACUGAAGCCGAGCGCUGACGGAGGACGCUACACGCUGGCCGCCCGGCCUCCCGUGCGCCUCAGCGACGUCAUGCUCGCGCUCAUCGAUGAGCUCCGCUGGCGCAAGUUCCUCGUCUUCUAUGACAGUGAUUACGAUAUCCGCGGACUGCAGGGUUUUUUGGACCAGACGGCGAGGCAGGGUCUGGACGUGGCUCUGCAGAGGGUGGACAGGAACAUCAGCAGCGUCUUCUCCAAUCUGUUCAGCAGCAUGCGCACAGAGGAGCUGAACCGCUACAGGGACACGCUGAGACGAGCCAUUCUGCUGCUGAGUCCUCGCGGAGCGCAGGUCUUCAUCCAUCAGGCCGUGGAAACCAACCUGGCCUCCAAAGACAGUCACUGGGUGUUUGUGAACGAGGAGAUCAGCGACACGGAGAUCAUGGAACUGACCCACAGCGCUUUGGGAAGGAUGACGGUCAUCCGGCAGAUUUUUCCGCUGUGGAGAGACAGUAGUGUGAACUGUAUGAGGAACAGCCAUCGCAUCUCCUCUCUGCUCUGCGACCCUCAGGAGGGAUACCUGCAGUCGCUAGAGGUGUCCAACUUGUACCUGUAUGACAGCGUGUUGAUGCUAGCUAACGCCUUCUACAGGAAGUUAGAGGACAGGAAGUGGCACAGCAUGGCCAGCCUGAACUGCAUACGGAAGUCAACCAAGCCCUGGAAUGGAGGCUGGUCCAUGCUGGAGACCAUCCAGAAGGGUCGCAUCACCGGCCUCACUGGAGUUAUGGACUUCAUGGACAACGGCUCCAACUCACACGUUCAGUUUGAGAUUUUAGGCACCAGCUUCAGUGAGACCUUCGGAAAAGACAUAAAACGGUUAGCCACCUGGGACUCGGUACACGGCCUCAACGGGAGCUUGAAGGAGAGUCGGAUUGAGAACGGCAUGCAAGGGGUUACAGUAAAAGUUGUCACACUGCUGGAGGACCCAUUUGUCAUGGUAGCAGAAAACAUUCUCGGGCAGCCCAAAAGGUACAAAGGGUUCUCCAUCGACGUUCUCGACGCCUUGGCAAAGAUCCUCGGCUUCAAAUAUGACAUCUAUCAGGUAGCAGACAGCAAGUAUGGCUCUCAGCUUCCCAACGGUUCCUGGAACGGCAUGAUUGGGGAACUUAUUAACAAGAGGGCCGAUGUAGCCGUGUCAGCCAUCACCAUCACACCCGAGCGAGAGAACGUAGUGGACUUCAGCAAACGCUACAUGGAUUACUCGGUGGGGAUCCUGAUGCGCAAACCGGAGGAGAAGAUCAACAUCUUCUCCUUGUUUGCUCCGUUUGACCUCGCUGUGUGGGCCUGCAUCGCAGCAGCCAUCCCUGUGGUCGGAGUCCUGAUCUUCCUGUUGAACCGCAUGCAGUCGCUGCGCUGCCAGAAUCCUUCAGGAGCUCCGUCCACCAUGUCCAACUCCUUACACAGCGCUGUGUGGCUCGUUUACGGCGCCUUCGUACACCAAGGUGGAGACUCGGCGAUGAGCUCAGUGGCUUUGCGGAUCGUGAUGGGAAGCUGGUGGCUCUUCACCCUAAUCGUGUGCUCAUCGUACACAGCUAACCUGGCAGCAUACCUCACAGUGUCGCGCAUGGACAACACCAUACGGACGUUUCAGGACCUGGCGAGACAGGUUGACUUGGAUUACGGUACGGUGCGGGACUCGGCGGUGUAUGACUACUUCAGAGCCAAGGGCACGAACCCACUGGAGCAGGACAGCACUUACGCUGAGCUGUGGAGGACCAUCAGCAAAAACAACGGCCAGGAAUCCUCGGUGUCCAGUCCGUCAGAAGGCAUCCGCAAGGCGAAGAAAGGCCCUUACGCGUUCCUCUGGGACAUGGCAGUGGUGGAAUACGCAGCGCUGACGGACGACGACUGCACCGUCACCGUCUCGGGCAAUAGCAUGAGCAGUAAGGGUUACGGCAUCGCUCUGCAGCACGGCAGCCCUUACAGAGACCUCUUCUCCCAGAAGAUCCUGGAGCUGCAGGAGAAGGGAGACCUGGACGUGUUGAAGCAGAAGUGGUGGCCUCGUUCGGGUCGCUGUGACCCGGGCAGCCAGCGGGGGGCGCCGGCCGACGGCCGCUCGUUGAAACUGCACAGCUUCGCCGGCGUCUUCUGCGUGCUGGCCGCCGGGCUCGUGCUGGCCUGCCUGGUGGCCGCCCUCGAGACGUUCUGGAGCAGCAGCAGCAGCCACUGCCGGCGAGAGCAGCCCAAAGAGGUUACUAAGGAUUACAGAGUGAGAAGGGUUUCAGAUCCAUUGAGAUAUAAUGAUAUUGCUACUGCUUCAUCGGAGGGGAGCAAGGACAUUUGGACAGACAGAGAGAGAGACUGGGAUGAAACAGAGGCUAUUGACACAGGACAAGGAGGUGAACCUGGAGCAGGUGCAUCGGCGCAUGAACAGUCUCAUAGACGAGGACAUGGCACACAAGCAGAUCCCCGGGCCGUCUAUCGAGAUCUCUGCCCUGGACAUCGGUGGCAUGCAGCCGGGCCAGGCGGCACGGGAAGCUGGCCGGGAUUUCGCGGGCACGGCUCUAUCCGUGAGCACCUUCCUGCCAGAGCAGGCCCAUGGAGUGGGCAGGACACUGGCACCAGGGCCUGGCACUGCACUCCCCCUGCCCCUGGGCAGCUCCACCAUGCCCUCCUCCAUCCAGUGCAAACACAGGGCCCCCAACGGGGGUCUCUUCCGGCAGAGCCCCGGCAAGACGCCCAUGCCAAUGCCCUACCCCCCGGUGCCAGGAGGACCCAUCCCCGAAGCCAUUGAAUCCACCCAUAGCACGUCCAUCUGAGCAGCUCUCUUGUGGGAAGAGGCGGGCCGUGGCGGUGCGAUCGGGGUUGUAAUGUAUAAAAAGAACAAAGAAAAAAAAAAACACACACGUGAGGGUGGAGAAGAUUUUUAAUAUAGAUACAAAAAAAAACAACAAAAAAGAUCUUUUCUUGUAAAUAUUUGUAAAUAACAAAAGAGCGAAGUGAGUUAAAGUGUAUUUUGAAUAUUCUCAAUUUUUGGAGUUGAGUUACAAAAACAAAACGAAAACAAACAAAAAAAAAAGAAACUAUAAAACGGACUUUAAAAAUGACUGUUUAAAUGGCUUUGUAAAUUUUGUUCUCUAUGGAUAAAGACGCAAAUUCAUUGUGAUUGUUUUCUAAGUGCCGAAAUAAAAAAGAUGUCUCUCCACAGUUUGUUACUAGAUUAUCACACAUUUCAGUUCAUUACGAGUCACAAUGAAGAUUAAUGAAUCAAUUUCGCACCCCCUUUUUUAACGUUUGUUUACAAUCACAGUCAUUCUUUAGGCUCUAAGAGCACCGUCUCUGUUUGGAUGUUCAGCUGUUUUCAUUUUUGCUCUUUAACGAGUUUGAUUAGCGAUGGCGUAAGCGUCAGCGUCGAGUCUGAGAGCCGUGUUCAGCGUGAGGUCUAGCGAGGCUGGAAGGCCUUGAGCACAAGUUUCCUAAAGGAGAAAGCUAAGAAAAAUCUCUCAUUUGUUAUUGGAUCUUUUUUUUUUUUUUUUUUCAGCAAUGUAUGGCUGCUUGAUCAAUGCAAAUUGUGUGACAAUAGUGCUAACUUUUAUUUUUCAUAUUUGUGUGAUGAUAUAACAUAUGUAACAUACAGAGAUAUUUUCCUUCAGAGUAAACUGCAAAGAGAUGAAACGGUUUUAUCAUUCACAAACUCUGUAAAGACAAAUCUAAAAUAUAAAAGGUAUGAAACAAUACAUGCUGUGAUAUAUAUUUUCUUUUCUUUUUUUUUUACUGGAAAUGAGCGUACAGUCCUGCAAGCAGAAAAUCUGAUUGUGUCAUGAUGAAGUAUUUUUUUAUGAGGACGAUUGUGUGUGUGUUCAGCAGGUCCUGUCCCCGGAUGAUUAGCACUGUCUCUGCAUCACAAUACGAUUUUCCCCAGAGAUAUGAAUCGUGUAACUGCACUUAUAGUCCUUGUCUUUUCUAUUACUGUGUAAUUGUUUUUGCUUUGUUUCCACCUCAGCCUGAGGAUCAGUCUGUGUUUCCUUUAAGCGCGCUUUCUCCAUGCUCCAUAUUUAAUAUCGGUGAUCGGUGGCGGUGGAGGACAGGCUGUAGAUAUGUGUGCUGUUAUCCCUAAAGACUCGACUGACUUUCUCACAUUCCGGAGUCCGAUAAGGACAUUCCUGCUUUCGAGUGGAGGGGACGUCCUGGCAUCAGCGCUGCACACGAUCAGUCAGUAAUCACGGUCGUAGCCUGAGUAUCUUGUGUACGUUCAAGUAGUUUCCAAUGUUAACCAAAGCGACAUCAUAUUACACUGUGUUCCACCCCGAAACGCCGCUCGCUGGCGGAGACGACGAUGUGCGACCUUCUCGUAGGGACGGCCGCGUGCUCACUGCUUUUACUGCCCUGACUCCCUCACGCUACUGCAGGAAAAAACCAGAUGAUGUUUGAUUUAAAGCUGAAAAGAAAGGAAGAAGUCUAUCACAGUGCAGAUCACAGUGCAGUCUGGAACAUUACACCAGAGGGAGACUCUUAUUUUGUUUAUGAAUAUGCUGCUUGGAGUUUCUUAAUUCUUUAAUAAAGAAAUAUGGUUUCCA